AAUCAUUUAACAUCAACAGAUAAUGAAACAAGUGGCGAUGAAGAUUCCGAUGUUGAUGAAAUGAGAAAAAAUCUUGAAUCAAUGUUAGAACCAACUGUAUCAAAAAAAUCAACAGAAACAAAACCACAUGUUGAUACAACAGAUACAACGAAGAAAACAGGUUCACGUGCACUCAAAAUCGUUCGUACAUAUCUUGAUGAUAACGGACGUGAACAUCAACGUACUGAAUAUGUACGUAAACCAAUGGUGGCUGAAGCCUAUUCAAAAAUUCGUUUAACAAAAGAUAAUGAUUUUAUUCGUCAAUUUUUUGCACUUGAUGAAGAUCAACGCGAAAAUUUACGUCGUGAACGUCGUCGAUUACAAGAACAAUUACGUCGUGUUCGUCGACAAGAUCGUUUACAACAACGUAAUACAACAUUACCAUCAAAUACCAUUGAUGGUCAUCAUUCACCAUCGUCACGUUCAACAAAUCCUUCGCCAAUACGUCAUUUACAUUUACAAUUAAAUUCUAAUGAUUUAUCAUCAUUAAAAUUACCAUCUGUUUCCGAUAUAUUAAAUAAAAAUGAUGGCAAUGCAAUGGAUGAAACUCAUCCUGAUUUAUUUAUGGAUAAUAGUCAUAAUAUAACAUCAACUAGUCAAUUAAUAUCAACAUCAUUAGAUAAUUUAAAUAGUAAUAGUCAAUCAGGGUUUGCAAAUUAUUUUAGUUCAACAUCAUUUGGUGAAGAUGGACAAGAAAAUAAUGAAAUGAUUAGUCCAACAACUAAUCCUUCUGAUCCAUCAGGAUCACAUAAAAAAAGAAAGAAAUCCGAGAAAGAUCUUAAAUGGCUUAAAUGCGGUGCAUGUGGUGGUCAAGGUCAUAUGAGAACGAAUCGAGAUUGUCCAAUGUAUGGAAAAACAUCGAGUGGAAAUAUGCAAGCAAAUAUUAGUGUUGAUAAUGAAGAUGCCCAACAUAGUUUUGAUCUUCCAGGAGUUGAUUUAAAUUCUUCAAUAAAUUCUGGAGAUGUUUCAGUUAAAAUGGUUGAAGGUGGUGGUACGAAAUUAAUAUUUGCAAAAAAUGUUCUUGAAAAAGUAUCAUCAAAAGAUCCAUCGCGAAAAUCGAAAAAAAAUAAAACAUCAAAAUUAUUAUCAACUGGUGCUGAAUCAGUAGGUGAUGGUGAUGAAUCAACAACAAAUAGUCAAUCAAAUUCAUUUAAUCCAAAUAUGAAUAUAGAUCGACCACCAACUCCUCCACCUAUUGUUCAUAUAUCUAAAAUGCAAUUUAUUCCACCUAUAAAAUCUUCAUCAUCAUCUCCACCAGUUAAUCUAACUUAUACACCAAAAUCGAGUGGUACACUUAAAACAACAUUAUCACAUGCGGGAAGCCGACGUAAAAGUUCAACAACACCAACAAUUGCUGAAAAUAAUCCGAAAUCAAAUCAAAAUUAUAUUAGUACAACACCAUCUACAGCAUUUCGUCAACAACCAACAUCAACACCAUUAUCAUCGGGUCCAUUAGGCACAAUGUUUUCAUUUCCACCAAAUACACCAACAACACCAACACCUCUAUCAGCAGGUGCUGAUUAUUUAGAUAAACGUGCACGAACUGUACAACGAAGACGAAUUGAUCCACUUGUUAGUUUUGCUACUUUACUCGAAAGUAUUCUUAAUGAACUUCGAGAUAUGUCUGAGGCAACAAUGUUUUUGGCACCCGUUAAUUCUCGACUUUAUCCAGCAUAUUAUGAAGUAAUUAAAAAUCCUAUUGAUUUACAAACAAUUCGUCAACGUGUUCUUGCUCAUCAAUAUGAAACUCGUCAAGGUUUUCUAAAUGAUAUUCGACAAUUAGUUGAAAAUAGUCGUCAAUUCAACGGUGAAUAUGAUCAAAUCACACGUGAUGCACAAACAAUAUUUGCUGCUUGUUUUCAAAAAUUUGCUGCUAAUGAAGAUAAAUUAAUGAAAUUAGAAAAAGCAAUAAAUCCAUUAUUAGAUGAUGAUCUUCUUGUUGCUAUAUCAUAUUUAUUUGAACGUAUAUUAAGUGAACAUUUAAUGAAUGUUGAAAAUUCUUGGCCAUUUCAUCAUGCUGUUAAUAAACUUCGUUUUAAAGAUUAUUAUGAUAUUGUUAAAACACCAAUGGAUUUAGAAAAAAUAAAAAAUAAUAUUCUUAAACAUACAUAUCGUUCACGUGCAGCAAUGUUAGCUGAUGUUAAUCUACUAUAUACAAAUAGUGUUCAAUACAAUGGUGAAUCACAUUCAAUAACAGCAAUAGCAUCAAAAAUAGUUCAAACAUGUAAAGAACAAUUUGAUGAGCAUACUGAUCAAUUUGAUGCACUUGAAAGAAAUCUUGUACAACAAAAUUUAGCUAUUACAAGAACCACUGAACAGCCAUCGAACGAAGAUGAUUGGCAACAAAUGAUUGGAAAUGAACCUAUAAAUAAUUUUUCAUUCCGUCCAUUAGAUGAAGAAGCAGAUGAUAAUACUGAUCUAAAAAGUCCAACAGCACUUGGUAUGUCACUUGAAACAUUUCUUGCAUGUGGUUUACCAAAUACGGAACAUAAUAUUGCACCAAGUGAAUCUGAACAAAAUGAAAAUAAUGAUGAUGAACCAUUUCAAUCAACUGAAGGAAUUACCACAGAAGAUAUUUUAGGUAAUAUUAGUGAAUCCGAUACAUCUGAUGAUGAUAAUGAUAAUAAAAAAUCUUCAUCUUUACUAUCAUCUCAAACUCAUCAAAAUAUAUCAGAUGAUCCAAAUUUACCAGCUGAUGAAGCAUCUUCUAAACAUCGUCAUCAUAAACAUUCAAAAAAACGAUUGAAAACAUCACAUUCUCAUACAACAACAACCGAUGCAGCUGCACUUCAGUUAUCUGAAGAUGAACUCUAA